GAAAAGUAGCAGCUGGGAAGGUGCCGUCUCAGGCUCUCGCUGUUGGACACACAAGAGGAAAAAAAAAAAUCCUCCCAAAAAAAACAACUUUGCUUUCAGUGGCGAGGGGGGACAGCGUCACAUGACUCCGGUCACCCUACCCUAUGUGACAGUAUGUAGAAGCCCUGGUUCCUCUUAUCCAAUCAUGCCUGGAAUGCUGCUUGUCACUUAGGCUAUUUCUGCUAUCUGUCGCUAUCAGGACUGCACUGCUAACAGUUUGGCCGAUGGGACGCUUUUUCCUGGAGUUUGUUUUUGGUUUUUGACUGCUGGCAGAGCCCGAGACGUUGCUCCCUCGUCCUUUUUCCUGCCCGUCGUUAAAACCAUGGCCCAUCGGCUACGGUUUCAUUUCGGCUCCGGCAGAAGCAAUACAGCUCCCGAGUCAGACGUCCUAGACCAGGAGAGAGAAGACGACUUUUUCAUGGCAUUCCAUACCCUGCCGAGGAGGAACGGGACUCACGUCUUCACGAGGCACUACGAAGAUAGAGAGUUCCAAGAAGAAGGUGCUCUGAAACGAAGCACGUCCAUGUUUAUUCCACAGCUGCUGCAGAACAUUGACGUGCGCCCCACCAGAAGCUCUUCUAUGCAGAUCUCUCUCCAGAGGAAAGGGACAAACGACGGCGCCGACGAGUGCGAGAGCGGGGAGUUCUCGGAAGAGAUGCUGUCCUGCGGUUUUGAGGACUUCAAUGAGCACUACAUAUCGGCUGUAAGAAAAAAUUCCUCUACUGUAAGUACUCCGCAGGAUACUCCUAGUAAUUCGCCGCCCCAUGUAUACGAGUCUGGGAGGCUGCAAGUCAACGGGGCAGUUUCCUUCCCGCCAAGAUAUUCCGGCCAUCGCUUUACGGAGCAAAAUGGGAAUAUUCACUAUGGCACCGAUGGAGAGGAAGAGGUGCACGUGCCUACGUGCAGCAAAAAUAUUGGCGGAGUCCGAAUAAACAGUCAGACUUUCGCCCCCGACAUUCGACAGGUGAGACUGGUUUCACCCGACCACGAUGCCCAAAACGGGUCUAGCACCGAACCGAGACGUUGGUCGCUACAGCAUCUUCCGGACACGUCGGGGAGUCCAGGGAAGAGAUGUUUCGUUUUCCAGCUUCAGCAAUCUCAGACUACCAACUGUAGUCUGGGGGGAGAGUACAAUUUUGGGUUUACCGGUACAAAGGGAGACCGACUGGUUCGAUAUCCUCGUAUUCGACUGGAAAGGAGUACCUCCUACCCACUGCAACCACGUCCCGAGACCAUCAGCCCCGUGGAGAACGGGGCGAAUACAGAAGGCAGCAGGUCUUGUAGUCAGGACUUUACUGAUAAUAGUCCGAAUGAUUCCAGAGAACGACCCUUGCCGGGACAGGGGUGCUCGUUUAAAAUUAGACAAGAGCAAAAUGUUAGGCAGCCACAUUUUAGGAUACUGGUAACUCGUGGGAACGAAGAGCAGAAUAGCGACCAAGGGCAAAAUAUUGCUGGAAAUUCUGGAUCAGCAGCCGGAAAUGACACGACGAGAGAUGACUUCUUGGGUCAAGUUGACGUGCCUCUAAACCACCUACCGACCGAAGAUCCAAUAAUGGAGAGGCCGUAUACAUUCAAAGACUUUUUACUGAGACCAAGAAGCCACAAGUCUCGGGUGAAAGGUUUCCUGAGAUUAAAGAUGGCGUAUUUGCCAAAGAACGGGGCACAGGAGGAAGAAACCAGUGAGCAGAGGGAAGAAGCGGAGCAUGCCUGGGAUGUUGUAGACUCAAAUGACUCUACCUCUCCACACCAACAAGAGCCGCCGGCUCCCCCUAUGCCUCCAGGAUGGGAGGAGAAAGUGGACAAUCUUGGGCGUACAUAUUAUGUUAACCAUAAUAACAGGACCACACAGUGGCACCGGCCAAGCCUAAUAGACGUCACAUCCGAAACCGAUAAUAACAUCAGACACAUACAGCAAGAGGCCCACCGAGUGUUCCGGUCCAGGAGACACAUUAGUGAAGACCUUGAGCCAGAACAUGUAGAAGGAACAGAUAUACCAGAGCCAUGGGAGACCAUUUCUGAAGAAAUGAGUCUGAGCAGUGACACUCUGAACGCACCGCUGCCACCACCUGCCUCUCCAGUCUCCCGGGCCAGCGCUUUGGAACUUUCUGAGGAGCUUAACCGGAGGCUACAGAUUAAUUCGGAGUCCAAUGGGGAACAGUUCAGUUCACUUAUUCAGAGGGAACCUUCCUCGAGGUUGCGGUCUUGCAGCGUGACAGAUGGCGUCGCUGAGCAGGUUCAUUUAGCAAUGCCAACCACCCCAACGGGAAGAACGCGAUCUUCAACUGUGACAGGGGGAGAGGAAUUCACGCCAUCCGUGGCCUAUGUACAUACCACUCCGGGCUUACCGUCAGGCUGGGAAGAAAGGAAAGACGCUAAAGGACGUACAUAUUAUGUCAAUCAUAAUAAUCGCACAACAACAUGGACCCGUCCAAUUGUGCAGCACGCUGAAGAUGGUGCGGUCGGAUCCACCUCAAACAGUAGCAACCAUCUGAGUGAACCUCAGAUCAGGCGGCCUCGUAGUCUCAGUUCCCCCACAGUUACUUUAUCUGCUCCACUUGAGGGUGCAAAAGACUUCCCAGUGCGCCGCGCAGUGAAGGAUACAUUGUCCAACCCACAGUCUCCACAACCAUCUCCUUAUAAUUCUCCUAAACCACAACACAAAGGGGCACAGAGCUUCUUACCGCCAGGUUGGGAGAUGAGAAUAGCUCCAAAUGGCAGGCCAUUCUUUAUUGACCAUAAUACCAAAACUACCACUUGGGAGGAUCCGCGCUUGAAAUUCCCUGUACACAUGAGAACCAAAGCUUCUUUAAAUCCCAACGAUCUGGGACCUCUACCGCCGGGUUGGGAGGAGAGGAUACACUUAGACGGCAGAACCUUCUACAUAGAUCACAGAAGUCAAGGUUUGAUGUGUGGAGACAAUGGUAACGGACGUUUAGUGCCCUCUUACGAUAGCAAACUAACACAGUGGGAAGACCCGCGGCUACAGAAUCCGGCAAUCACUGGGCCGGCCGUCCCCUACUCCAGAGAAUUUAAACAGAAAUACGACUAUUUCAGGAAGAAAUUGAAGAAACCUGCUGACAUACCAAAUAGAUUUGAGAUGAAGCUUCACAGAAACAGCAUCUUUGAAGAAUCCUACAGAAGGAUAAUGUCCGUGAAGAGGCCCGAUGUCCUUAAGGCGCGACUCUGGAUAGAGUUUGAAUCGGAAAAAGGCCUGGAUUAUGGCGGCGUGGCCCGCGAGUGGUUCUUCCUGUUGUCCAAAGAGAUGUUCAACCCGUAUUAUGGGCUUUUUGAAUACUCUGCUACGGACAAUUACACCCUUCAGAUAAACCCAAACUCCGGUCUUUGUAAUGAAGACCACCUCUCGUAUUUCACAUUCAUCGGGCGGAUUGCCGGCCUUGCAGUGUUCCAUGGAAAACUAUUAGAUGGUUUCUUUAUUCGCCCAUUCUACAAGAUGAUGUUGGGAAAACAGAUAACAUUGAAAGAUAUGGAGUCUGUGGAUAGUGAAUAUUACAAUUCUCUAAAAUGGAUCUUAGAGAAUGACCCCACUGAGCUGGAUCUCAGGUUCUGUAUAGAUGAAGAAAACUUCGGUCAGACUUAUCAGGUUGACUUGAAACCAAAUGGGUCAGAGAUGGUGGUGACGAAUGACAACAAGAGGGAGUACAUUGACCUCGUAAUCCAGUGGAGAUUUGUGAAUAGGGUACAAAAACAGAUGAACGGGUUUUUAGAAGGAUUUACUGAACUCAUUCCUAUUGAUUUGAUAAAGAUAUUUGAUGAAAAUGAGCUUGAGCUUCUGAUGUGCGGCUUGGGAGAUGUGGAUGUAAAUGACUGGAGGCAGCACACACUGUACAAAAAUAGUUAUUGCCCGAACCACCCGGUAAUACAGUGGUACUGGAAGGCGGUGCUGCUGAUGGAUGCCGAGAAACGUAUCCGAUUGUUGCAGUUUGUAACUGGGACUUCUCGCGUGCCUAUGAACGGAUUUGCUGAACUCUAUGGUUCAAAUGGUCCUCAGCUGUUUACAAUAGAGCAGUGGGGAAGCCCGGAUAAACUGCCCAGAGCGCACACCUGCUUUAACCGUCUAGAUUUACCUCCUUACGACUCAUUUGAAGAUUUACGAGAGAAGCUUCUCAUGGCGGUGGAGAACGCUCAGGGAUUCGAAGGCGUCGAUUAGUGAUGGUCUCCCCUUAUUUUACCUUCUCGAAAAUGCAUCUUUCGCUUGGAAGCUUAUGAAAUGAACAUUGCUAGCGAUGAACACAUGAGACACUUGCAAAAAGAAAAAAAAAAGUUUCUUUUAAAAAAAACACAAAAAACAAAACUCUAUUAGAAGAUAACGAGUGACGAGGAAAGAAAAAGGACAAAGGUGGCGCCGGUUGUGCCAUUGAUACAUUGUGUCAGUUUACGUAGCAAAGUCAUAUCACUCGAUUUCACGAUUGCUACAAUUUUUUAUUUUAUUUUUUGUACUUUGCCUGCAGGUGUAAAUGGAAAGCAAUGGCUUCUUUGUAUGAUGAGAUUUUUCUUGGUAAGAUGGUACAUUUUUAUCUCGGACGCGGGCCGAGGAGUCACUGUGCCAAUUGUGAACCAAUUUCUGGUCUUUGAUAAAGAGCCCCUGACGCUGGUUCUGCAGUGCAGCUUGCUCAGUGCAGGCGUCUUGAGCUUAUGGACUGCGGAUGGUACUUCUCCGAUCUCUACGGCAAUCGCGAGCUGUUCAUUGUAUACUUAAAUUACAUUUCAGGAGGACUUUCACUUAUUUAUGUGGUGUCGGCCCUUUAAAUUCGUAUUUUACAAACUUUCUAAUGAAUGGAACUAAUCACUUUGAAGGUAUAGUAUUACGGCCAUGUUUACUUUUAAAAAAAAUAUAAUGAUUUAGACCUAUUUUCAAAUUUUACUUCAUUAUAAUUAAAGCUCUAUACUCCAAGAAAAAAAAAAGAGUCCCCAUGAACCACCUUUCUUUUAAUUUCCUAAGUGCCAUCUUGGAUUAGGGUUCUCCAGCGACUGGUUGCAAAUGUAUCAUUUCUCAUUCAUUUUUUAUAUUUUGUUUCUUACUUUAUUUUGUCUUUUGUAGUCCACGUGGAGUGACACUGAAGAAUUUUAGCAUUUUAAACACCAUUGUACGGGUUAUAUAUAUUGAUAUAACCUAUAGAAAAAGUUGUCACAUUUGUAAAUAAGUCCUAUAUUAUACUCCAGAGCUGCUUUCAAAAAUUCUAUGGGUUGCUAGUGGAAGCAGUCAGCCGAUUGUCGACGGACAUACAAAUGAUAUCUUUUAGCAAAUUGACUGUGCAGGGAAUUUGCAGCUCUGUAUCAGGAAAACAAAGCUCUGACGGUUAUAAAGAUAUAUUAUGAAAUUAAUCUGCGCAGAAUUUUUGACAUAUUAUCAUUAAUGGUGAUGAUGUUUGGGCGUUUACUAGAAAAUGCUGAAACUUCCUGCUUUAAUUUUCAUCACAGAAGCUGUAUUAGGCCUCAUGCGCACAAACGUAUUUUCUUAUUUUCCGUUUCCGUAUGUUCGUAUUUCCGGUCCACAAAAAAAUAGAACAUGUCCUAUUAUUGUCCUCAUAACGGACAAGGGUAGUGCUGUUCUAUUAGGGGCCGGCUGUUCCGAUAUUGCGGACCUGCAAAAUACAUACGGUCGUGUGCAUGAGGCCUUAUAGGGAGGUCCAUUCAGAGUCCUCCUCGGUAUGAUAUCUACAGUUUUCAGGUUCUGGAGGACUCCCUCUUCCUCAACUUAUGCUCUUAUAAUUGAAUGAAAAUUUUAGCUGGCACCAAUGAAAAUACGUUUACCCGUACAGAGGAUAUAGAUCUCCCUUUUAAAAAAAAAAAACUUUUUGGGCUGGUGGAUAGGAGUGUGGAGAAUAAGCCCCUCCCUCUGAAAUGUCACUAAAGGGGGCAUUUACUUUUAGUAGAUAUUUUGCAUGAGCUUUUCUGAUCUCAAACCCUUUGUUGUGAUCACAGGUAUACUCUGCACCUGUAGGCACUUCAUGUAAGUUGAAUAUUUUAAUCUAACUCGAUCCUUAAAGGGGACAUGCACUUUAAUAGAUUCAAUGUAUAUUACUGAAACCUGAGGGAAGACUAACCUACGUGUGCUUGCCAUAUACUAUGACUAUUAGGAUAAAGCACCAUACAUGCCAAGGAAACCACUCUGCCCCCUGUUGGCUGCAAUUUUUGAGAUGAGCCCCAACUUUUGGUCUCAGCCGACUCUUCUUUUCGGACUCUGGUCUAAAUAGGUUCAUCUUCUCCUUUCCCUGUGGACCUCUAGAGCUCAGGGUUCGAGGAUAGGACCUUCAUUUAGUCAUUAGUAAUCUGGUAUGAAUUUGCCAAUGGCUUCUUGUUUUUUUUUACCUAUUAGUUUUAAGCUGGUCUGUCUAGGAUAAAUGUUGCCUUGCAUUGUAUUCAUGCCUUGCAUGUCAAAAAAUACCAAUAUCAACAUAAUAAUGCAAUGAUUUGGGGUUCUUGCACUUGUAGAGAUCAGAAGUAAUAACAAGGUCUGGGAUAAGACAGAGACACUUGUAUGUAACUUCACUUGAUGUUGAUUAGGAUUCCUUGAGACCACCAGGAUUUUGAGGGCCCACUUUCCAGCAUGCCCCCUUGUAACUUCACAAAAAAAAAAAUCACUCAUCACUGCCCACAAAUGCCAUAGCGUACAUAAAGACCUAAAAGUUACCAAAAAUUGAUUGACCCAGCAGUUGAGGCUGUCCACUGUUGAACCAUGUUAUCCUUGCUGUUUUAGGGUCCAUCAUGUCAAAAUCUGGAACCACCAUAGGAUCCUCUAGUCCUUUAGUGAGACAGUAUAAUUUUGACUGCACUGGAAGUACUUCUGUGGCAUCCCUGGCACCUUGUGAUGGUACCAUAGCAAUGGGUUGACUCACCAGAUCUCAUGCCCAUGAUUUCACAGGAAAUAUUGUCAAGCCAUGCAUCAUGCCAUAAGUUGCUUGCUGACCUUGAAGAUACCUUCACCCAGAGAUUGUAUUGCUGCAAAACCAGUUUUCUGGAAAGCCCUGUAGGAGCUGUAAUAGUGGCCAUAUAGGUUGUCACCCAGCUUUUAUGUCAUGCUCACAUAGGUGCAGGUCUUGUUUCAGUGCAGUUAUCCUGGUCUGUCUUGCAUAGACCUGUAUGAUGAUUACAUGACGAUGGCAGAUCCCCAACCUCUGGAUUUUAGCAACGAAGGUUCCUAUUCAAGACUGAAUCAUGGAUUUUAACUUCAGUGAAUUAGAAUUUAUUAACAUAUGCAGUGAAAAAAUAUACACAAAAAAAUUAUGGGGACUCUUGAACAUCACAUCCAUAUUUUUGCAUUGAACAUCUCAUCCAAGAACUAUGGGCAUUACUACUGAGUUGAUAUCCCCCUUGGCGGCUCUACUGUAAAGACUUUCCACUAGAUCAGGAGGAGGGGGUCAACCUCAUUUUCACCAAGGGCCAGAUCAGAACUAUGGUUGCCUUUUAAAGGGCCGUUUGGUGUCGGAGCUCAGAAGGCAAGAUGGCGCCCACUCCCUCUGCCAAGCACUGGUUGACUUCUAGUUUACUCAGUAAACUUUUGAUGCCAGAACUUGCCCUAUAGAAAUCAGCUUCUUUACCCCGGUGGGCCACUAUUUAUACUCCUUUAGUCAUGAGCCCUCCAUGAAGCUCACUCUCCUUUGACAUGUCCGCUGUAUAACGCUUCCCUCACACACUAAAGAUAGGACAAUCUAGUGUGGAUAGGUCAUCAGUAUAUAAUUAUUGGAAAACCCCUUUAAGCUAUGUAAUUUUUUUAAGUUUUUGUAAAUUAAAUGGAAACAAUAGAGAAUGAUGUAAAAGUAGAUUUCGUUAUGGCUGCUGCGUAUCACUUACUCCUACUGUGAAUCACUGUGCUUGAUGAUGUUCUAGUAGAGAUUAGAAAUUUCUUGCCCUUUUGGAGCCAAAGCCAGAAGUGGAUCCAGCAGGGAGGAGAAGUAUAAGUCCUUACUUUAUAUUUCUCAUUCCUUUCUAAUCUAUUUCUGGCUUUGGCUGCGAAAACUGCAAGAAAAUCUGCCUCAAAACCACCUCCAAAAAUCUGUGGGAAUCUGCCCUCAGCAGGCCAUGGAUGUACAGAUCCAACAGCCCUGGGACCUUACUCCACCGAUCCAAAAAGUGUUCAGUUAAAGCCGUUCAUAUGAACAAUAAUCGCCAUGUUUUUUUUAACUGAUCAGAUCUUUUUGUGGGCAUAAAAAUGCUUGUUCUUCGCCAGAACGGUUGCUCUAUGUAACCAAAAGAUGGUCUGCUAAGAGUAAUGUUAAGAAAUGGCUGCACAGACGGCAAUCUGCCGAUGUAAAACGAGCAAGGAUCGACUUACUCUAUCGUCAGACUCUGUAUGGUAAAAAGACCCUUACCUUUUAUUACUGGGAAGGGUCCUCAAUAAACUGAUGUUCCCAAUAUGUUGGGUGCAUUGACAGUAAUUUUAUAAAAACUGAAUUAUACUGAGGAGUCAAUAUUCCCAUUGGUCCGGGGGUUUCUGACUACAAAAUGAGAUUUAACUGGCUCAAAAUGUAACAAUAAAAAUUCUUCUAAAAUACUUACCUUUCCUUAUUGCACUCUGGUCCGCCAUCAUGUUGUCCAUGGUGCCAUCAUGUUGUCCAUGGUGCCAUCAUGUUGUCCAUGGUGCCAUUGUGGCGGUCAAUCAAUGCACCCUUGGGUGGUGUUACUAUGGCCGAAACACGGUGGUCUUCAAAGAUUGGCUGCCACAUCAACACGCCCAAUUCAGAUUCAGAAACGGUAGGUAGAAAAUGGCGGAAAACCUGACCAGAAUCGGGCAUAAUAUAUAUUACGUUUUUUUUAUAUUUGAGGUCCAUUAAACCCUAUUUAAUGUGGGCGGGAGGGGAUUGUUCACCAAUAAUUGAAACUACUAUGGCCAGCUAUAUGUCAGUCUCGAAGAAGCAGGCAAAACUUUGUGCAAUCUACAACUAAACGCCGGAUACGAUCGCUCUUCUGUAUACGGUUUUAUAUUUUAAAGUCUGUGCAAUUUCUAUAUAGUUUUACGAAUGCCAUAAACGCUAAUACUGCAGUUACCUUUGGGUGACUGUAUCCCCACCUCCCUUGUGGUAUUUUUGUAUCUUUUUGUACAUUAUAAACCCUAGACAAAUAUAUCUGCUCAUCAAAUGUAUCCACAAGGGGACAUUUUAUAGGUAUUUAGAGGGAGAAUACAAAGUCGCAGGAGGACGCCUUUCUACGGUGAUCAUCAUCAGUUGGGUUGACUUCUUGUGAAACGUUCUGCUCCCUCUUUUCUAUUCUGGAUUCUCGUCCUUGCAUCUUGUAUUUUCUCUAGUCCUGAUCAGGGGGAAUGUAUUUGCCAAAUAUAUUUUUUAGUCAAUCUCAGCCUUUUCCUUCCAAAUGUAUAGGACAUCAAACAUUCCAAAUACCGUACAAGAUGAUGCCUUUAAUAGAUCUGAGAUGUCUCUCCAAUUCUAUACUGUUUCAUAUGUAUUUAUUAUAAUGGGGGGGGGAGGGGAUUGAUGAAAACAAUCUUCUAGCGGGCGCGACUUAUGUAUCUGACGGCCGCUCCUAUGACUGUAUAGCAUAUAUAAUGUAUGGCUUCUGUAUACUGCUUGUUUAACAGUUAUGAUAGCUUUAUAAAUGGAUUUGAUAAACUGAGGAAGAUGACGACGGAUAACGGCUUCCCUCUUGGGAAGCGAUAUAUGUUUAAAAAAUAAAUAAAAAAAUGAAGGUGUUGUAAUGAAAUCUUGCCUAUUGCUGAAUAUUUAAUAAAAUAAUUCUGAUAUAAGAUA